UUCAGUUCAUCUUGCAAGCUCAGAGGCUCAUCGCAUCAUGGCGUCCGAAGGAUGCAGUAUCAAUGCCAGGACAGUUCUUUGGUAUUUGAUAUUUAUUGGUACAGCAGUUAAUUACAUGAUCCGCACCAACAUCAACAUUGCUAUAGUAGACAUGGUAAUCAGGCGGCCAUCAAAUCCUCUGAGUAAUGCUACUAAUAUUGUCAGUGAAUGUUUCAACCAUGAUGACAUAUCUGGUUCAGAAUCUGCAUCAAACAGCAGCAGCUCUUCACCAAACAAAAUUGAUGAUGGACAUACUCGGUAUGAUUGGGAUGAGUAUCAGCAAGGCAUGAUCCUUGGGGGCUUUUUUUCUUGUUACUGGUCAUCUCAAGUUCUUGGUGGAGUCUUAGCCCAAAAAUUUGGAACAAAGAAAGUGUUUGGGCUGUGCACAUUGGCUAUUUGCCUACUUUCUAUAUUGAUUCCAGUGGCUGCAACCAUUGAUUAUAGAGCUGUUGUAGUAAUCAGAUGCAUGCAGGGAUAUUUUGGGGGCCAUGCACUACCUUCAUUGCACUGCAUGACUGCUAACUGGAUACCUCCAAAUGAAAGAAGCAAGUUUGUCACUGCGUAUGUUGGUAGCUCUGUGGGGGCUGCUCUUACCUACCCUGUGUGUGGUCUCCUCAUUGCGUGGUUUGGUUGGCCUGCUGCAUUCUACAGCACAGGAGGACUAGGGAUAGUAUGGUUUGUAGCCUGGAUGUUCCUUACGUAUGACACACCUGCCAAACAUCCACGUAUUAGUGAAGAUGAGAGAGAAUAUAUAGCAACAAGUUUAGGGAAGACUAUUGUCAAGAGAAAACCACCAAUUCCAUGGGGUAAAAUUCUAACAUCAAAAGCCUUCAUGAUGUGUGUUAUUGCUCACUGGUCCAUUAAUUGUGGGCAGUUCACUUUGUUGACUCAUGCACCCAUAUUCUUCAAAUACAUCUAUGGGUGGGAUGUAAAGAAGGCUGGUGUUCUCUCUGGAGUGCCUCAUGCUUGCAGGAUGAUGUUUGCAUUCCUUAUUUCUGCCAUCUGUGAUUACAUGUUAGUAAAAGAAGUUACUUCAAGGACAAAUGUACGGAAAUUUGCAAAUUUUGUCUCCUGUGCUUGCCAGGGAAUUAUGAUGCUGGCCCUAGCAUUUUGUGGAUGUAAUGCAAUUGCUGCAGUUAUUUGCAUUGCAGCUGCCACAGGCUUUAGUGGUGGACAAAGUUCUGGACCACUUUCUACCUAUGUUGACCUAUCUCCCAACUAUGCAAGUGUAACGUAUGGCAUAAGCAACAUGGUUAGUGCUACUCCAGGAUUCUUAGCACCAAUAAUUGUCAGUACACUUACGUACCAAAAUCAAACAUUUGGUCAGUGGCAGAAGGUGUGGCUGCUGAUUGCAAUAAUCUUGAUGAUAGCUGGAGUCCUUGCCCUUUUCCUUACUGAUGCCACACUUCAGCCUUGGAACACACCUGAGACAGAAGGAGCUGAGCUGAAAAACCUUGACAAUCAGUAUGAUGAGAAAGGGAAUCCAAUAAAUGAUGUAAAUGUUAUUGUGAAAGAAAGGAAAGCUAGUUUGAUUGUUGACUGAUCAUUUGAUCUACAACAAUUGCGUGAAAAACUGAGGACUGUUUUUCAGUAUUGAAACUGUAACCUGUGGUAAUUAUA